AUGAGCGAACGACUUUGCCAAAUGCUGAAGCUUAAACGUCGAGCAAUAUGCGUUCCCAUAACAGGAGUUGGACAAUCGGAAUCGACGGCAAGACAUGCAGUGAAUACAACGGUUAAGUCCAGAGUCAUCGAUUUCUCUAUUGAAUUGGAUUUCCUGGUUUUGCAGCGAGUGACAUCUGAACUUCCUUCGGUUACGAUUCCUAUCAAGCAUUGGAAUAUUCCUCAUGAACUGCAGAUGGCGGAUCCACAAUUCAACAUAAGCGGCCGCUUUGAUUUGCUACUAGGAGCGGAACAUUUCUUCAGUUUCCUACGCGAUAGAGAGGUGAAAAGAAUGGUGUUGGGUCCAAAGCUGCCAAUACUCGUGGAUUCGGUAUUCGGGUGGAUUGUAUCCGGACGUGAUGAAAGUCUACAGCAGAAACAGUCAGUUCGAUGUUGCACGGCAGUCACCCCUAUCGAGAGAAUCGAAGAUCUAUUGGAGAAGUUCUGGAGAGUAGAAAGCUGCGACGACCGACCUGCAUGGUCAAAGGAGGAACAAGACUGCGAGGAGCAUUUCAAGAGUACGCAUUCCAGAGCAGAAGAUGGCCGGUAUAUCGUGCAGCUGCCAAAACAAAAUAGCUGGGACCGGAUGUUGGGAGAAUCACGAGCAACGGCGUUGGACAGGUACAAGAAAUUGGAGAAUCGGUUGGAACGGCACCCGGAUAUUAAGGAACCAUACCACGCUUUCAUGAAAGAGUACGUGGACAUGCGGCACAUGCGAAGGCUAACGACAACGGAACUGCAGGCAGAGGCCAACGGAGUAGGUCAACGGAAGGUGUUUUAUUUGCCGCACCACGCGGUGAUAAAAGAAUCAAGCACAACUACAAAAGUGCGCGUCGUAUUUGACGCAUCGGCACGUACAGACAGCGGAUACUCCCUCAACGAUGUUCUUCUGAAGGGACCUGUAAUUCAGGAUAAUCUGCUAAAUCUCCUGAUACGCUUCCGCAAGCAUGAAGUGGCGCUUGUGGGAGAUGUGGAAAAAAUGUAUCGGCAGGUACUUCAGGACGCUAAUGACACUCUUCGUCUACGGAUAUUUUUUCGCUUCACGAAGGAUGAUCCCAUAGAUGUUUACGAGUUGCUGACCAUAACGUAUGGGCUUACACCGUCAUCUUUUCUGGCAACCCGGGCACUACAACAGCUGGCUGAAGAUGAAGGAGUUGAAGGUACUAAAGCUCGCCUAACGCUACAAAAGGAUUUUUACGUCGACGACUAUAUUAGAGGAUCCACAAAUGUCGUCGAAACCAUCGAGCUUAGAAAAAAUUUGACAUCGUUGAUGGCCAAAGGAGGAUUUCCAAUCCGGAAAUGGUGCUCGAAUCAGCCUGAAGUCUUAUCCGGUAUUUCUGAGGACCAGUUGGGUACUGAUCUUACAAUAACCUUUGAGUUGAAUCCCGAUGAAAAGGUUAAAACGCUAGGGAUUACUUGGGAACCGAAAGCGGACAAGCUUAGGUUCUUAUAUAAUGUUGGAGAGGAAGAAGGAGAAUGGACCAGAAGGCGCAUAUUAUCUGCAAUAGCCAAACUAUUCGAUCCCCUAGGAUUGAUCUCUCCCUUAGUGGUGACUGCAAAAAUAAUUAUGCUAGAGCUGGCGCUACUGCAAACAGGAUGGGAUUCCCCAGUACCACCACAACUACAGCAAAAGUGGACGGAUUUCCAUCGCCGACUGUUCAAAUUAGCAGAAUUCAGCAUACCCAGGUUCUCCUUCAUCCCAGACUACGUCGACGUACAGCUCCACUGUUUCGCUGACGCCUCCGAUCUUGCGUAUGGAGCCUGCUUAUAUGUGCGUUCCAUGGAUCAACAGGGCAACGUACGCAUUGAGCUUUUGUCCUCGAAAUCUCGGGUCGCUCCCUUAAAACGAUUGACGAUCCCGAGAUUAGAACUAUGCGCAGCUAGAGAAGCUGCGCAUUUAUAUCAGACAGUUAUUGGGGCCCUCGCACUAAAUAGAAUGCAGGCUUUUUUCUGGUCGGACUCAACUGUUGUUCUGCAUUGGUUGAAAGCUCCGCCAAAUUCGUGGAAAACCUUCAUAGCAAACCGUGUUUCGACUAUACAAACAACCACCUAUGGACACCCAUGGCUACAUGUAUCCGGUAAGGAGAAUCCCGCAGAUCUGGUUUCACGUGGAAUGGCCAUUGAGGAUUUCUUGGAAAGUGAUCGUUGGAAGCACGGACCGUCAUGGUUGAAGCUGGCGCCGAAAGAAUGGCUGACGGAAUGUCCUGGAUCCGUAUCUGAAGAAGUAGAUCUGGAACCCCGAGUCGUCGUUCAAGCAACCGUUGCCUCGAAAGAGCCCAACAUCUUCUUCACUCUUCGAUCUUCUUUUCUUCCGUUAGUCAGAAUAGUCGCAUUAUGCUUACGGUUUGCUGCCAACUGCCGAAAAUCCACCCAAAGAAACACUUCGUUAUUUUUGAGUGUCCAUGAGAUAAACUCUGCAAAAAUGGCCCUCGUGCGGCUGGUUAAAGAAGAAUGUUUCUUGGAAGAAAUCAACUCCUUGAAAAGGCACUAUCAAGUUCCACAUAAAUCGCCGUUAAAGCUUUUAUGCCCUUUCCUAGACAAAGGUGGCAUUAUCAGAGUUGGCGGACGACUACGACACUCGCUGGAGAACUAUGCGACAAUGCAUCCAGCGGUAUUACCAAAAUCACAUGUCUUCACUCGCCUACUCAUCGAACCGUCGAGCAGCCCCACCGAAAUGUUACAUUGCAGUUUUCAUAUGCUUUACGACCAAAGCGAUAGACCUGGAACUAGUCAUGGACCUAUCAACUGCUGGAUUCUUAUCUGCACUUCGCCGAUUCAUUGGGCACCAUGGACUUCCAUCGUAGAUUCAUUCAGAUAA